AUGGAUGAGAUCGACUGGGAUGACCGGGCAUCGGAGCGCAGCGUUGCCAGUAGCCUGGACAGCCUUGAUGAUCUCAUUGAGAGCAAGCACGUGAUCCCCAGCCGCUCAGUUGGUGAUGACAUUGCAGAAAAUGAAGAUGUUGAGCAACGGGAGUUCAAGGAGCUAACCAUCGCCAAGAGAUGGGAGAAGGUCAUGCAACUUCUCAUUAGCAAAGAACAGGUGUGGACCAAAGAGUCGCAGGACUUGGGCAGCGAGGACGGGGCAACCUUGAAGCCCUAUCUUAAAAAGGGGCUUUUGUGGAGUGACACUCGCGAGCCCAGCGAGCCCACCAUGCUUCACCUUCUCGCAAAAGAUUUCAAUUCAGGCGGUUUCACAAUCCUCAAUGACAGUACACAACUCGAAAUUUUCACUUAUCUCAUGGACAAUCUGGUGACAGAGGCUGCCCAAGCCGCAGGCGAAAAUGCCGGGGAAUCACCGGUCUUGAGGCGAGCCAUGGUGUGGGAGAACAAGGACUUUCUUCGAUACGUUACCGAGAACUUCAAAGACAGACUUGCACUCCUAAUCGACACGAAGGGAAAAGAUGGCAUGAACUGUCUGCACUAUGCAUUCCAAACAUUGCUCAUGGAACUAGUGUCAGCGGACAGGAAAAGCAACAACAACCAGACCCCAACAAACAACACGCCAACAUCAGUCAAUAUUGAGGAAACUCUGCAAAUCUUGGACUCUCUUGUUAAGGCUGCCACGCCAGAGUCUAUUGCCGCAAAAGACAGCAAAGGCAAUACUCCUAUCCAUCACGCUGUCCACUAUUGGCUAUGCCGUUAUCUGCCUUCAAGAUAUCGACAAUAUUCCGGAAUCGUGGAGCAGUUGGUAGACAAGGGUGAUGCUUUACUGAAUACGACGCUCAAAGAGAACCAGUUCAACAGCGAUGGAAUGUCUCCAUACAGAUACCAUUUGGAGACGAAGAAGACCCUCCUGAACAGGGCAAAGCAACGUGGCCCAGCGGCCAACAACGUUGCACAGACGGGUACCAAGUCUAGAUUGUCAGAUGCUCAAGAGGCCAAGAUUCCCAAGGCCAGGAAGGUUGGAGAACGUGGAACAGAAGACAAGCUUGCUCCAGAACAAGAUUCCAAGGAUCUGACAGACAAGCGUCACUCUGAUAAGACACUGGCAGAUGGGCGGACAGGUAUCGACAGUGGCAGGAAGGACAAGAACGACAAAGCCACAGCAGUUGAUACCAUGCUUUUGCAUGCAUCUGGCCACCGGGCCACGCGGAGCUCCACAGUACGACGAGACGAUGCAGGGGCCGUCCAUCCUCUACACGUUGAUGACAUGGAGGCGCCAUCUCAUUCUGACGCUGCUAUCGAGAAAUGCCUCGUAGGAGAAGAUUCUACGUCCUCCAAUGCAGUUGGAAAGGGCAAUCGCAGAAUUCACGUCGAACUCUGGAACUGGAAAAAGCCGGACAUGAGCGUUGAUGUCAUCAAGUUCGCGGCACCUGACGUUGUGCAGAUCAACCUAUAUUGGACUGGCAAUCACGUGGUGUUACGAGGCUGGGCAAGUCCCGAGGGCAUCCCGAGUUUGUAUGUGGCCAAGAAAAGGCUACGCAAAGUACUCCUCUACGUGUCUCCGGGCAUUGAGACCCUCAGACGAACAGGGCAGCUGGUCAACGACUUUGUGACCAAAAUCGAAGAACGCACCAACAAGGAAGUUCAAAUUGAGACGAAGAAAUGGAAACCAAGCACCAUGGCUGGUUCUGCUGCGGAGGCACAGCUCAGCUUCGGGGCUGGGCUGCCAUUGGAUGAACCUCGACACGACUGGAUCAGUGUGAUGGAGAAGUUCCGGAGGGCUAUGUUCUCUAUUCAUGGAUUCCUGCCAGAUGGAGCGAAGCCUCAGCGGGUUAAGGUCGCGCUCAUAGAUGACGGUGUUGAUCGCACCAAUUUAGUGCCAUACAGAGAUGGGCGCACCGGCAAGGACCGUGUCGAAGUCACCGGACUAAGCUACUGGACAUCGAAAGACCGAAACUUACUCGGGUGGCCGUGGCAUCAAUCGACUCACGGCCACGGCACCAUCAUGGCCAACAUGAUCGCACGCGUAAACCCGUGGGUAUCUUUGAUGGUCAUGCGCAUCCAAGAUGAGGGCGAUAGGAGCAGUCCUACCGCCGGGUCGAUUCGAAUACAUGCAAAGAGCGCAGCAAAGGCAAUCGAAGAUGCCAUCAUACGCGAAGCUGAUAUCAUCUCCAUGUCAUGGACUAUCAGGACAAUGGUGUCUCCAAAUUCGGGAAACAUAAAGGAGGAUGCCUCUGUCACGGCACUCAGGGCCGCGCUUAACAAGGCCACUGAAAAGGGCAUCCUCAUGUUCUGUUCAGCAUCCGAUAAUCUCCAGCAAUCAAGUGCAGACUCGCUGCCAUUCAGCCAGAACACCAAGUACAUCUUCCGCAUCGGCGCUGCAGGCCUGACCGGACAACGCGACGGUGCCACCGAGGAGCAUGAGACGAUCAGCUGGUUCUUGCCGGGGAAAAAGGUCGCGGAAGACUUCAAUCCACGCGAGGCUCAAAUUCUCCAAUACCACGAUGGAUCGUCUGUCGCGACAGCUUUAGCAGCCGGGUUGGCAUCAUUGGUGAUAUACAUCAGUGUCAUCAUGCAAGAGCUCAACACGGGGAACGCCGAGACCUUCGCCACUUACGCAAAGUUGCUUCGGGAAAGAGACAACAUGAACAAGGCAUUCACCAACAUGACAAACAAUAUCCCACCGUCCGCACCGGACUGUGUCUAUGAAAUUUGCUUCCUGAUUAGGCGCGGCGAGCAGGGGGGGUCCAUGCGUGGUCCAGUUCGAGACGGCUACCUCAAGCUGAGGCGACCCCUUCUGUCCCUCAACGCCACUCCUAGUCCCGACUUGACCUUGGCCAUGUCUUCUAAGGGCGCAAAGGGUCGGGUCGCCAGCGGCAGGGGCUUCGGGAGCCCAGCACCCUCGGGCUUCGGUGGAUUCUCAUCGCAGUCCACCAGUAGCGGCAGCCUCUCCUACCUUUCCGAAGACCCCGACUUGUCCUUCUUGUCCGACCCAAACAUCGUCGUCUCGUUCAAGAACCUGCUCAAGAAGGACAACACUACGAAGUCGAAAGCACUUGCAGACCUCAUCCAGUACACUCAGGCGCAUCCCAGUGAGACGGAUGGCGGCGUGGAGGAGGCGGUUCUGGAAGCCUGGGUCCGGCUCUACCCUCGCAUGUCUACCGACAACGACCGCCGGGUCCGCGAGCUGUCGCACGCACUCCAGUUCGAGCUGCUGAAGUCCGCGCGGAAACGAAUGGAAAGAAACUUGCCCAAGGUCGCUGGGUCCUGGCUGGCCGGCACUUACGACAAAGACAAGGCUGUCGCACGAUCUGCGACCGAGGGUAUCUCCACAUUCUUGAACACGGAAGACAAAAUGACCCUUUUCUGGAAGAAGUGCCAGGCGCAGAUUCUCCAAUAUGCGACCGACGCCAUCACAGAGACCCCUGACACUCUGAGCGACGAGCGCUCCACGAAACCAGAAGAUGCAGAGGCCAAAUACUACCGUGUGAUUGCUGCAAGCUUUUCUCUAGUUCUCGGUCUCCUUGGGAGGCUAUCAGGCUCAGACAUAGAGAAGCAUGGCCCAGAGUAUGAGGUCUUCUUCACGUCCGGCCCGGGAGAUAGCGCCUGGACCUUUGCAGCAGCCGACGAUGCCCACGUCAGGAGGACCGUCUACCAGUUGCUACAGCUCUGCGUCGAGAGCCAUUGGGAACUGAUCCAACCACAUGUGUCGCGCAUUGGCAAGAUAUUGACGUCAGACGCCCUCAAAAAGUCCCAGACGGGCUCUGCGGCCGACUUUGUCACGGCUUUGACGACCAUGACCCGCAAAGACAAGGAGUUUUGGGGCACGAAAAAGUCACCGCUUGCCAGGCUACGGAGCUUCGUUGAAAAAGGAUCUCAGGGUGGCCCGCCACGGUUCUGGCAAGCUUUGGAUGAGCUCUUGGCGGCACUUCCAACACAGUCUCUCCAAUCCGAGGAUCUUGCAAAUUUCUUGAAGUCCUUAAGAAUUGGCAUCAGUAGAAGAGACGAGGCGAGAACCAGCGCUCCAUAUGCCUGGAUGGCUUAUCUCAAUGCCGUAUCUCGCUCCCUCCCUCGAAUUGACUCGGGCGCCCGAAGCGACAUUAUCAGAGAGCAUGUUUUCCCAUUGACUGAUCAUUAUCUGUUCUCACCGGAGCGACAAGAGGGAUGGUCAGUGGGCGGCGAGAUUGCCAUUAUAUCUCAAGCCUACAGAGUUGCAGGGCUGUCUCGUGAUCCUUCGAUCUCACAGUCUCUCGGCUCUGAAUGGGAUAGAUUGGCUGAGGUAUUGGUAGCCCGGAUCUCAAACUCCCUUCCUGAAGUUUCGAAGGAGUUCGAGGCAUCCCAGAAGAAGAUUGCGGAAGACGGAACUCGAUGGUUCUCGGUCGUCAGUACUAUUCAAAGAGAUAUCACAGCCGUACCAAAACGAAAUGCGAGCGAUGAGAUUCCUGACCGCACCCAAGCCGCCUCCCAGACGGUCAUCCGAAAUGCGGCAGAUCUUCUAAGGCGAAGAAACUACAAACCCUUCGGCGCAGCUGCAAUACUGCAAUCAGCCAUCAAGCUGACACCACACCUCUUCAGCACCAACGAUACGCCCUACCUGGAGUCUUUGCUUCCAACAGAGUCUGAUGAAGAUAUGCAGACGAUGCUGUCUUCGCCAUCAGCCCCAUCCAUUCUCUCUUGUCUCGUUCCUCUGGGCCAGCAGAACCCGGACCGAUACAGGUCAUUGUGGACAGCGACUACCGGAUGUGUUCUGAAGAUGAAUGAUCAAGCAAAGGCUGAUAAUCACGUCACACUUCUAAUUUCAGAUAUUUUAGCAACGCCCUUGGCGCAGGAAAACGUUGGAUUACAAGACUACAUCAAGAGCCGGGUUUUGGCAAGCGUGCGCAAUGAGGGCCACUCAUGGUCACUUUUCAAGUCAGCUUUACAGUAUGACGCCCUCUCAAAGUCAAGCCUGCAGGAUUUGUGCUCGCAACUUGUAGAGGCACUCAGCUCGGAAAACGAGUCUAGUAUCACGGCCAUGGAGAUCAUUGCGAAGAACAGGCCGACGUCGUUAUCGGAAAACGAGGCUCUGCAUCUUACCCUUGUCACAAAACUCCUCUCCAUGAUGGAGAUCACGGACUCAACUGUCUCUUCACGAGCCACUCAGCUCCGAUCAAUCCUGGAGGGACAUGUUGAUGCCCAGCCGUCUAUUUUGAGUAUUAUCCAGGACAAUUUGGAACAACCUGGACCUGACUCCCUGGGAAUCGACACACUGGUGCAGCAGGCGAGGUCUAUAUCAAAAAGCGACGAGGUAGAUUUGGAGCAACUGUUUCCGAAUACGAACAUCUGGAUGCAGGAGCUUCUCAAAUUACUUCAAUUCGCGCUCAGUCCUUCGCUGUCGAUGACAAGCAAUGUUCUUGGGGCCUACUUCCUCCCUCAAGCCACCGACAACAAGUCCAGGCCACGAGUCCAGCGUGACCAAAUGGGGCUAUCCAUCCCAGCUCGGAUGGCCAUGUAUACAGUGGCGCUGGUCGAGAGUGGCACAGAACUCGGCGCGCUUGCCCAGAAAUUCCAAGCAGAGCUGUUGUAUCUACUUUACCUCGUCGCGGAGGUGACAUCUGAUCAGAUCACCCUCAUGGAUGAGAACGUCUUGUUUGGUUCCCUCAGAGACCCAACUCUCCUGAAAGACGUUGAAGGUUUUGUUACCACCACGAGGAAAAUGAUCAACAACAUCUUCACCGAGUCCACACAUUGGCGGCCCGGAGGAACCGAAACGGGCCUGCGUGAUGAGCUGAUUGAUUUAAUGAUACAACAGUCUAAGGAGCUCACACCGAUCGCUCUAUAUAGUGCACGGGCGUUGAGCGAGAUACUCGCAGCUUUCUCGGACGCUCUUGGCCAGAAGGCUGUUGUGGAGGAAUGGUUGGCCGCAAUCGACGUGAUGAAGGCGACCCCAUCAACAGUUUUGCCAGCUAUUGCACUCCUGACAGGAUACGGUGAGGCGCUUGCAAACUCCAAGCUCGUCUCGAAUCUUCUCAACCGGCUUAUGAGCGACAUUGCAGGUGCUUCACCGCAAUCGGACAAGACCAUCCUCAGUCUGGUUCUGCUGAACGCUUGUAUGCCAAUUUAUGAACUUGGCCAGCUUCCCGUCGCGAACAACCGACUCGUGUUUGCGGUGAAGCAGAUUACCUCCUGGGCUGGACAGCCAAUUGAGGAUCUCAGUGUGGGCAUAGUCACAGAAAGCUGCCGAGCAUUGCAGCGACUGUUGCCAUGUAUCCGUGAAGUCUACGGUCCCUAUUGGGAGCAGGCGAUUGAGUUCUGUCUUGCCUUGUGGAAACACGCUGGCAGGGGCAACCUCGAGCAGCACUUGCCAUAUAUCCAAGCGUCCGUCAAGCUCAUGUCCGGUCUCGUGGCGAUCGAAGAUCCCAACGAUGACCUUGUCGAAGCUCUUGACACCCACGCGGAGUCACGAAAUCAUGCUCUUUUGGAACUGUUGAAACUCCCCAGGGCUGAGAAUACCUCGCAACCACAAGCAAUGGUUGAUGCACUUCUCUGUCGUGAAGCCGAAAAGGUUCCGUUGGAUCAUCUCAAAGAUCUGUCCGAAGUCUACGGCUUGGUGGCAUCUGAAUCGCGAGACAUACAAUCAGCUGGCUUCAAUCUACUCCACAGGGCACUUCCAGUUGUCCAGAAAGAGCUCUCACUGGACGUCCUCUUCGAGAAGAAGCAAGCCAAGCUCCCUGAUGAGCUCAUGUCCCUCCUCCUCGAUGCACCCACGCUCGAGGCCUACCCGGAGGAGAUUCUGAUCCAAUUCCCUACGGCCAUCAGGUCUUAUCUGCUCUCCUGGAAGCUCAUCUUCGACGCUUAUCAAGGCGCUGCGCACAAGUUGCGGGAAGAUUACACGGAGCAGCUCAAGACCUUGGGAGCGAUCAACCCACUUAUGGAAUUCACUGUUGAUGUACUGGGCCACUCAGCUGCUCACGCCAUCAAUCUGGACAAAAUAGGCUUCACAGCUGAGGAUAUCCAAGACUACGACGUCAGGGUGGGCGACUCAUUGCCGGAUGAGAAGAACAUGCAGUGGCUUCUUGUUCACCUGUUCUACCUGUCGCUAAAGUACGUUCCGGGGCUAUUCAAGUCGUGGUUCAUCGACUGCCGGUCCAGGCAGACCAAGAACGCCGUCGAGCCCUGGACUGAAAGGUGGUUCUCACCCAUCCUCAUCCGCGACGUCAUGCAAGAGGUGGAGACGUGGUCCAAGUCGCAGGUGGCCGACCCGGACGAGCACGAGUUCGUCAUCAAGGUGAACCAGAAGGCGCGGGAGAUCACGGCGGCGUACCCGAUCGACGACGGCGACGAGGAGCAGUCUGCGUCGCUGCUCCUGCAGAUCAGCGCCAACUUCCCGAUCGGCAACGUCAACGUGGUGGGGCUCAACCGCGUGGCGUGCAACGAGCGCACGUGGCAGUCGUGGGUGCGCACCACGCAGGGCAUCAUCAUCAUCUCCAACGGCAGCAUCGUCGAGGGCCUCGGGGCGUUCCGGCGCAACGUGGUGGGCGCGCUCAAGGGCAACGUCGAGUGCGCCAUCUGCUACAGCUACAUCUCGGUCGACAAGCGCAUGCCCGACAAGCGGUGCGCCACCUGCAAGAACCUGUUCCACCGCGACUGCCUGUACAAGUGGCUCGAGUCGGCCAACCAGAACACGUGCCCGCUCUGCCGGACGAGGAUGGACUUUGUGGACAAGAAAAAGCCCCGGAGGAACGUGUGA